AUGUUGAAGCGAGAAAACCAUGAACGUGAAGAUAUUUCUGGGUAUAUCGGUUUCUUCGAGUACACCCUGGUGAUAUACGAUAGAAAUCCGUACGUUUCAGCGAUUUGCAGAGCUGGACUUGUGUUCGACGGUCAGCUGGUCAUAGAUCCGGAGUUCAGGACGAACGAUCCAUCGAUCUUUGCCGCUGGGACCAUGACCAAGUACCGUAGACGAUACUACGCGGAUUCCUGGCAACACAAGUAUUACAACAGCAUCGAAGUCGGCGAUAGACUGGCGUCCGUUCUUCGAUCGCUUAUCGACAACCAUCAACGCAACAACGUGGAACCGACUGACACGUUAAAAAACAAGAAAUAUUUAACUCUACCCAUGUUUCGUGCACCGCAUAUCGUGGCCUGCAUUUUACCUGGUGGUUAUCGUUACCUUCACAUUCGCAAGCCUGGAAAAAUGCUUCUGCGUAGCAUCGCGAUUCGUUUCGACUUUUACGGCAAAGUGCUGACGACAGGCUCUUGCACGUCGGAAAUCGGCUACUUCCGGAUACGAUUGAACCGUUACGACUCGGUGGAGACCAUCACCUGUUUCAGCAAAAAGGAUUUCGAAGUGUACCAUAUGAUCGCGUUGUACGGGAAACACGAAACGAUGUUGAACGAGUUGAAAACGCGAUACCAAAACUCGCUGAUCUCCGAUUUGUACGCGUACUUCCGGGAGCCCUGGGCGAUGGCGAUAUUCUACGAUCGAUUCGAGUGUCUGCGAGUGGAGAACCGUGCUACCUUGUUGUCGAAAACGGCGAUCCCUGGUCAGUCAUUGAACGACGAUUGCGUACGAACUCUGAUAAGAUCAAAAUGGAACGCGAUGUCAGACAGCGAUCGUCGUUCCAUCGAAGCGAAAUACGCGGGUUCCGUCUAUCAGCAAGAGCUUGAAGAAAGUCUGUUGGACUUUCUACAAUUCUCUGAAGAGGAUAUUCCCGUGUAUUGCACUCCAAGAAAGUUACAUCAAUUAUAUACAAAUAUUGAGAAUAGUCCUCUGUACAAUGAUCUUUAAGCAAGUUACAUCGGUGUCUAUCACGAGAAUAUAAUAAAUGAUCGCGAAACGA